AUGCAGAACUGCUACUACCCGUUGCCGACGCAGCCGCAACUGCCUGUAGCUGCAAAGGAUGACGCACUGGCGCAGUGUCUGAACAAAACUCGAUCAAGUGCCGAUGAGAUGCGGCGUCCUUUUAUGCAACUAGGAGCCGUGAGUGGUGCCGCUGGAUCGGCGUACGUUGAGUUGGGGCGGACCCGAGUGGUCUGUGCUGUCUACGGCCCGCGGGCAGAUACACGAGCGUGUCGCGAGUUCAGCAAAGAAGGCCAAUUGGUUUGUGAUGUCAAGUACGCUCCAUUUGCCGAUAAAUGGACCCGUCGCGAGCGUGGUCAGGACCCGGACGAGAUGGAGCUGUCGGCUAUAAUGGAGGAGGCGCUGGCCCCCGCUGUGAUGCUGCACAAGCUGCCCAAGUGCAUUAUGUCGGUGUUUGUGACUGUGCUGGAGGAUGAUGGAGGAGUCUUGGCUGCUGCUAUCAAUUGUGCAUCAUUGGCGCUGGUUGACGCUGCUGUAGAGAUGUACGACGUGGUCACGGCUGCUAGUGUGGGUAUUGUGAAUGGCUGUGUGGUUCUGGAUCCGAACAGGGAUGAGGAGCAGCGUGGAGAUGGCAGGCUGGCGCUGGCCUACAUGCCGUCGAUGGAACGUGUCACGUACAUGCUGCAAGCUGGCAAGAUUCAGCACACGCAGUUGCAAGAGGCGGUGGACCUUUGCACGGACGCGUGCACCGGAGUCACACGGUCGUCACUCACAGCGUCGCUCAUGCAGGCUCUGUCCUGA